AUGGGAUGAUAAGCGUGCAUGUGUAUAAUGUAGAGUUAAGUCUUGCAUGUCUCAAGGACUCUGAAAAGAGGGAUUACGCUCUGUGCCACACAUACAGAUACGAGCACUGCUACCCCUCUGUCCCUUCAGAUCAGUGUCAUUGGCUGGACUAUCAAAUAUGCAAGACAGAUCUUUCUCUCAUCUUCUCAGUGUCAAAGCCAGUUCUUCAAGCAAGAAAGUUCCUGUGGUGGUAUUUUAAAAUGGCCUUCUACUUCCACAGGCAAUCUGAAGAGGUCUUGCCAGUUUGUCUGUCACCAUCUGUAAUGGCUCAAAAAACAGUGCUUGUCACAGGUUGUUCCUCAGGAAUUGGACUGGCAUUGGCUGUCAAAAUGGCCACAGAUGAACAGAAAAGAUUCAAAGUGUAUGCUACAAUGCGGAACCUGGCCAAAAAGGACAACCUUAUAGAAGCUGCAGGUGGCACUCUUGGGAACACCUUGGAGGUUAAACAAUUGGAUGUCUGCAGUGAAGAAUCUAUUAGAAUGUGUAUCAGUAGCAUCCCCGAUAGGAGGAUUGAUAUCCUAGUUAGCAAUGCUGGUAUAGGACUCAUUGGACCCAUUGAAUGCCAAACCAUUGAAGAGAUGCAAAAGGUGAUGGAUACAAACUUCUUUGGGCUGGUCCGACUGCUGAAGGAGGUUUUGCCUGACAUGAAGAAGAGGAAGAGUGGCCAUAUCGUCAUUAUUAGCAGUGUCAUGGGAAUCCAAGGCAUUUUGUUCAAUGAUGUUUAUGCAGCAUCUAAAUUUGCAGUGGAAGGAUUCUGUGAAAGUUUAGCCAUACAAGCACUCAAAUUUAAACUUCAUCUAACUCUGGUAGAACCAGGUCCAGUUGUAACAGAGUUUGAAAAGAAGGUUUUUGAGGAUGGAAUGAAAAUGGAUCUUUCUGCCGCAGAUGAGGAAACAGCCGACAUGUUUGUAAAUAUUUACCUGAAAAAUUACAAGCAGAUUUUCCAGACACUGGGACAAGCUGCUGAGGAUAUAGCUGAGCAUACAAUAAAGAUAAUUCUGGCAGAAAACCCCCCUUUUCGACACCAGACCAAUUCUUUAUAUGCUCCAAUUACAACACUGAAGUAUGCUGACCCCAGUGGAGACCUGCCUAUUGAUACUUUCUAUAAAAUGGUUUUUCAGCACAAUAAGAUUUUCAAUGCUAGUCUCAACUUUAUUAAAUUGUUGAGAUGGAGAAGCAGAAAAAGCCUUGAUUUAGGGGAAAGCUCCUUCCAAUGAAGGACGCCAGUGGGCUGUUUCAGAUGUUGCACACUCCCUGUGUGGAAGGACUGUGCAGAGAAACAAAACCUAUGAAAUGGCCCUGACUGAACCUCUAUUUCAGAACAUAUUUCUAGAUAAUCCACCUCAACCCCAUUUAGUCUGAUGGCUCCUCUCAUGAACAUAAAUAUGUAUCCCUGACAACCUACAUAAUGUUUCAAGUAAACACUUUUAUUCAUUUGCUAGUAGGAUUAUGAGCCCUACACCUAUAUUUAAUGACAGCUUUUUCAGCAGCAGGACUCUAGAAAUGCACACAGUAGGUCUUGUGAGGCCCUUUGGAUGCUAGUAUGUAUCUUUCACUUACUCAAUAUGACUCUUACAAGUAACACCACAGGUCACUGGUCUACUUCCAGGGUAAGUAACUCAGUACACUCUAGAUGUUUUUGACUCCAACUCCCAUAAACCCCAGUGAUCAGCCAGCAGUCAGGGAUUAUGGUAAUCACAGUCCAAAACUUCUGGAGGACACCAGAUUGCCCACCUCAUGCCUGACUCCAACAUAUCAUCAAGUUAAGUCACACAUUCUCAUCUGAUAUACAGAGCUAUCCCAAAUAUUACCUACCCCCAUUGUUUUCAUGUAUUUACUAUAUGUACCUUGAGGGCAGCAAAAAGGAAGAGUUCUAUUUCUGAAAAGCUUUCUUUGAGGAGGGGGCACAUUCCAUUGGCAAAAAUAAGGGUUAAAAGAACCAGCAUAUUUAGCUUCAAAGCUGUCAGUAAUUAAGUACUGGGAGAGCCAUUUCAGCCUUCUCUGGUAGAGGAAAAUAAUCAAACAUCAGUGUAUGGGAGGAACUGCACAGGGCCAGAUGUAGCUUCCAGUCCUGAGUUUAUUGAAUUUAUUUCUCUUCAAUUGUAAGGGAACAUGCAGUAUUUGAACACAGCAAUUUAAAAGGUAAAUGUCACAUAUACAGGGUCCAGCAAAUACAGGUCAGCCUUUCAAGUAUAAGCAGUUUUUCUGUGAACACACAGAUAUGACAAUGAUAGACUGGGAAGCACUCUUCCAGAGGAUGCAGAAAUUCUGAAAUUCUUCUCUGAAUUAUCCAUGAACCAAUUUUUCAUUAAAAGAUUAUACAAUAUUACAAACUGAUAUGGGGGGAAUACAUGCUACGAGGUUUAUGUAUCUCAAGUAUACAAUAUGAAAAAGCAGGGCUAUUAAUCCAAGUAAGGCCUCUUCCACACAUGGGAUCCUUCAAAACAUUACAGUAUAGGGGUUGCUACAUGUCUUUGUGAAAUAGUUCAUUCUGUCCUGUCCCUUUCCCAUGGCACUAGCAUCCCCCACCUGCUACUACACAUUCUUACUGUGGUUGCUUGGGGAAAAUCUUUAUAAUCAUUAGCAUGGAGAUAUUCACAAACAGCCUGCCACAUGAAUGCAAACACACUGUAGCAUUUUGAGUGGCAAUACCACUUUUAUUGUUAAAACAUUUGACAUGAACUCUUUUGUGUAAAAUAGCUUACUCCAUGCUGUAGGGCAAAGCAAAUGACUGUACAGAAAAUGAUGCCAGAAUAGAAUUUUAAAUGCUACAAGCCUGAAUUGUUCAGGAAAAAGCAUGAAUUAACAGUGUUAACAUAAAAUCUUUGACUUCUUGUUGUUCCUGCAGCUUGAGUAGACUGUAAUUCUCUGUAAUUUAAAGCAUGUAACUGAACUGUUAAAACAACAAAUAAAGGAUACAAUUUGCCUAAUGACUUAAUUUUAGUUUUGAUAACAGUAAUGUUCACAUGCCUUACUUCUGUAAAAGAUGUCUGGCACU